UGGCUUCUGUGUUUUAAUUUUUUUUUAGUUUUUUAGCUUUACUUUUAGCCAGUUUUUGCGUUUGUGCUUGCUGUUUUGUAUCUUUGCGCCUGCUGCUUGUUUUUUAGGGGAUUCUAUGACGCGUUCGCUUUUUCGCGCAAUCGAAGCGAUUUAUUGUUUUUUCUUCGGUAUUUUGUUGGCGUUUGGUGUGUGCCUUCUGUUGACUUUGGAGGGCGCGCAGAAUCGUCGAAUCGCCGAAUUGUUGACGCCGUCACCACCAGCCGUACAAAGAACAAAUCAACGUUAGCGUCGACGCUGCGGCAGUUACUUGGACCUGGGAGUAGGCGGCAAAUGCAUUGCGGACCGUGGUUUUUGCCACUUUCAUGUACUGCUGCGGUCAACCAACCAAACCUUUCCUUGCUGAUCGGUUGGUGAGCAGCUCAGCGAAGAAAGAAGUCAAAAAACGAAGAAAUUGAAAACUCUUAGCUCUCGAUAAAAAAUUGCCGACUUCCCGCCUACUUCGAGUUGGACGACGCUUAAUUUGGAGAUGCGAACCAAAAAGUGCAGUUGUUGUUUUUAUCAAUGGGGCAGCGCCAAGGCGCUUACCGCGCCCUGUUUUUGUUUGUGUCCUUUGACCGGUGAAAAAAAAUCAAAAGCUCGAGGUGUUGUGGCAUCGGAAAAGCAAAUUAUCGAACACUCGGUGCUGAUGCGCGCGUUCCAUGUGGGUACACGUUGAUUUUUUUAUUUUUGCCGAACCGAAAAAAUCACGACUAAAAUUAAAACUUCGGCACAAAAAAUAGUCGCUUUAAUGCUCACGGUUUGAAAAGGGUACCGCCAGAAGGGGCGCGUUUCUGGUCUUCUGGUUUCGAUGCAUUCUGCGGUGUGAUACGCACGAAAUUUUCAUAUCUACCUGCACAACAAUUGCCGCUACUCCCGCAACCGCUAAACUCUCUGGUCUUGCUGCACCCAAUCACCCGCGCUAACCUGCGCACCCCACCCCGUCCCGUUUACAUACUCAGCUAACGAGCUAAUAGCUUGAAAAAAGUAUAUUACAAUUUCAGUGCUCUCACCUUACCUCACUUCGCUCAUAUAACAAAAGCAACCAUAAUUUGGUUAUCCGAAAAACGAAAACCCUUCAUAUAUCUGCGCCAGCAACAACGCAUAUCUACAUAUCUUUUGUAUCUCCACCAUCUCCAUCUACCUGUGACACUUCAGAUUUCUUUUGUAUGCACGCGCUCAAUCUCACCGCACUCACUUACUCACUGACGUGCGCUCUCUCACCACUCAUACUCCUUUCACCACCACAGAGUACCAAAAUUUUCGGGCGCUGCCGUUUCACUCCAAAGCACAGCUCCCCCUUCUACCGCACCUGUGGCGCUCCCACAGCAUAUACACUUUGUACUUACCAUCGUCGUUGCCGCUAACACCAGUGCUAUGCCUGCCUUUGCUGUUGCCUUUAUUGUUGCUCUUGUUCGUGUUGUUUUCGUUGGUAUCGCCUGUUCAUAGCUGUGCUGUCGUUGUUGUGGUCGUCAUCAGCACCAUCAUCGUUGUAGUCCUAGUAGUCGUCGUCGUCGUUGUCGUCGUCAUCAUCGUCUCUGUCUUUUUAUUGCUCACAAGUUUUUUCUUCUGCCGGCACGAAUACUUUUUGCUGCAACUUUUUUGUGUAUGCGAAUAUCUCUAGAUUUUUCGUUUUUUGUUCCCCAAUUGUGCUUGGCUUUGUGUAUUGUGUACUCGUUGCCACUUUUGCCGCUACUUGUAAGUAUAUGUUUUGAUGUUGCGUUUGCGCUAACCGCGCGGCAGCUGCCACAACGCGUCCAAUGUCUGUCUGCUGGCGAGCCGUUCGCUGUUCGUCGACGUUGUGGCCGCCGUAGUCGUUGCGGGUUCUUGAGUGUAUGCAAAAGAUUUUUGCACAUAUUCAUCUUUUUGGCCGUUUUCGGUGCUUUUUGACUGUUUGGAACCUUUUUAAUAAUUACGUUGAAACGUUGUUGAUUCUUAUUAAAUAUUGUUUUGUUGAAUCUGAGGACGAACAAAAACAAAAACAAAUCCUAAUUCAAGUCAAGGAAACCAACAUAUGGAAAGGCAACUCUAGGACAAACAACAAAAAAAGAAGAAAUACCAAAACAACAAAUCGCGAAAAACAACAACAAAAAAGAACUUAUGUGCAAUCGUUUUGUCUUUGUAAUAACUUAAUUAAUUAACUAAAUAAUUUGUAAAUAAUAAUAAUUUAAGUUAAUUUUUGUUUGUUUAUUUUCUUAUAAAUACGUUAAAACUAAUCAAAAAAACAAAACAAAAAAAACUAAAAACGGUAAAUCAAAAAUUAAAAAUUUUCAUAUAAAAAGAACGCUCAGUUUCAUUACAUUAAGUUACAAAUACAACAAAAAAGUGAUUUUCUGUUAGUUUCUCAAAAUUUAACAAACAAAAUUUACAACAAAAUUUGGAUUACAACUACAACAACAACUACAACAACAACAACUGCAACCACAACAACAACAACCCCCCAGUAAUAAUUAUAACAACCGCAAAUUAAUAAUAGCAACAAUAAUAAUAAAAAACAACAACAGUAAAAAUCACAACACAACUACAACCACAAACACACAACUACCGCAUCUACAAAUACAAACUACAGCUACAACCGCAACAGCCAAUAAGCAAAGGAUAACAAAUCGCAACUACAACUACAACAGCAACAACAAUAAAAUAACAACAGUAACAAUAAUAAAAGCAACAACAACCAACAGUAAAUAAAAUAAAAUAUAAUAAUACUACAACAAAAGCAACAAAUACAAACAACAAUUUAAUAAUACAAAAAUCUAAUAAAUCGAAUUACAACAAAUCAGCAACUAAACAAUAAACCAAACAACCCCCCAGAAAUCAGAACAACAACAGCAAUAAACUUAAUAACCAACGAAAGAAAAACAUAAGCAAAUCCACGAAAAGUCAAUUCGGCAAACAAAUCAAACAAAAUUGAAGCAGUAACAAACCAACAACAAUAGUAAUAGUAACUACAACAACAAUAGCAACAUCAUCAAAAACAAACCGAAAAAUCGCAAUAGUAAAUAGUAACGAAACAAGUAUGCAAUAAAAACAACAAAUUUUAAUAAAACCAAUUAAAUAAAAAGAAGGAGCAAUAAAUAAAACAAAUACAAAUAAUAAUACAAAGCAGAUACCGUUAAACCGUGAAAUAGUAUACAAAUCAAGCGAACCCAAAACUGAAAACAAAAAUAGUCUCAAAAUUUGCAAACAGUAAUUAAAAAAAAAACGGAAAUAAUUAUUAGCAACAACUACAACAACAGUAAGAAAAACAACAGCAACAGCAGCAACAAAAUAAAAAACAACAACAAACCGGUUAACCAGAAAAUCAAACCAAAAUAAAAUAAACAGGAAAACAGAAAAUCGAAAUAGCCAAAAUUUGUUAAAUUUUUAAACAAAAUUUCUAUUCUGGACGUAAAUUGUAAAAAUUUGAACAUUUUAACGAAAAACUUUUAGUUCGGUAAUUUUUCGUGUUUAAAUUUUGUUCCGAACUGUUCUGAACACGAGUGUCAAAAAAGCCAAAAACAACAACAAAAACAGCAUAUGUGAAGAACAUGAACCAGCUAAAAGCACAAAAAGCUUUAAGGCAAAAAAUUUGAAUGCAUUAACUGCCCAGAAGAGAAUUAAAAUAAAAUCGUGUUGGCCAAAAAAUUCUUCUAAGUGUAGAAAAUUGAAAAAAGUGCGAGUUUUAAAUGUGGUGAAUAUAGUUAGAAAAAAAACAUAAAAUUUUCGAACGGAUUUGCACUAGAAGUGCGUGGCAAGAAAGAAAACAUUUUUAAAAUCAAUUAAACCCGUUUCGAAGGACCAAAAAGGCGUUGUUCUCCCAUGAAAAAAGCAUAUUUCGAUUGAAUACGAAAUCGGUAUUAAACGGCGGCUAAAAAUUUAGCCUACUCAAGCAAUUUGAGGUACUGUGCCAGCGAAGAAGAAUUCGAGAAAAUAGUUUGCCAAGCGGAAAAGUGAAAAACAGCGCACGAAUAGCGUUACAGCAACGAAUAGUAAGUUGCAUUUUUUCAGCUAUAAUAAAAAUAAAAGAAAAAUUGCUUCAAAGCAAAUUUCAAAAAAAUAAAAAAUCAAAAAUAUCUUGAAAAACGUUUUGCAAAUAAAGUUUUGGACACAAAUUUUUAGUGUAAGUUGAAAGUCAUGGAUUCUCUAUGCGAAAACCGAAAAAAAAUUGCAUGAAUGAUACACACACUCACCCACAAAAAUAAAUUUAUAAAACAUAAAAACAAAAAUUAUUAAUGUAUUGUGGCACAAAGAUAAAAAAACUAGUUUCGGAACAAAAAACCAAAAACAAAAUAAAUAUUCCAAUAUAUGCGUAAACUAUUAACUAAAUAAAAUAACACAAAAUAUAUACUAAAAGAUAUCAAAUAAUUCAAAUAAUAAAAAAGUAAAGCAAAAAUAAAUUGAAAAAAAGCAGUAGUGUUUUAUAUGAAAACUGACAGCAUGUGUUAGAAACAUGAAUUAAAUUCAGCAAAAAUAAAUAAAAACUAAAUCGCAACGACCAUUUCGGAAGGAUUUAAAACCCAGCCAAAACAGAUCAUUACCUAAUCAAAAAAGGACCCAACAUCUUUGGUACCAAAAAUAUCAAAUCAAUAUAAAUUUAUUGAUCAUCACCAGAGUCAGUGUAAGAAAGCAGACUUCGCAGUACCUUCAUUGCUUGUGGCACAAUCUUGUAAUCACGAAAGAAGGUCAUUGCAUUGCAUCAUCAUCAACUACGAACUGGCCAACUGUUUGGAAUUCCAAAAACAUUAAAGAGUUUGAGAAAACAUUUUAUAAGCAAAAAUAAAAAGAUUUUAACUUUAGACAUAUAAAUACAAUUUGGGACUAAAAGUAAAGAUUUUUAGCAAAAGCAAAAACAAAAGCAAAUAAAAUAUUAAAACAUAAAAUAAAUAUAAAUAUAAACAUCAGUUAAAAGUCAAAGAUUAAGAAGAAAGGAAAUAAAUCACGAUAAUAAAAAUUUGCAAUAAAAGUAAAGUAUGAGAAGCCCCUUGAAAACAGCCACAACAACAAAUGUAAUAAUUUAGCACACAAAUCAGGAUUAUUGAAAAGUUAAGUGCUUUCGCGAAAGAGAGUAAUGAGAACAUCAAAGGCAAAAUAUAAGAUAAUGAAGAGCAUAAUUUAAAACAGCAGUAAAACAACGCUGAAAGUUCGAGAGAAAUCAAUUUGAGAGUAAAAGCAAAAUCAUCUUCAUACGUAAAAUGGCCAAAAUGAGCUUUAAUGCGCAAUAACAGCAACAAGUUGAAUUACAACAAAAUAUAGUUAGCCGUUGAAAAGUUGAAAAUUGCUCGGCUACUGAAGCGAGAAGAGUAGAAUAUAUCGCACAACCUUGCAACUCCUCUACGCAUUUCAAAUCCUCAACUGAAUACACCAGUCGAUACAAAGUGAGCAACAGCAACAGCCACAAAGCACUCACUACUCACACACUUCUUCCUCCAGCGAUAUGGCGAUCAACUUCUCCGCCUCGUUUGCGGCCUGCAUUGCCGCUGGGCUGAAGGUACCGCGUCAAAUAAUGUAUUGCAUCACGCAGGACACGGGGCAGCCUUACGUGCUGUACAAAGACUCACAAGAUGGAGAACGUAAUCCGGCCGCAAUUGGUGGUUCGGCCGCGCAGUGGGGUAGCGAAAUGUAUCCGGGCAUACAGCAACAGGCGCAGCAACAUUUGCAGGCGCAACAACAACAAAAUGGACAAAAUUCGGCGGCGCAAAUAGCGAGCGCCGCGCAAGCAGCUGCCGCAGCGGUGGCGCAACAACAGCAACAGCAGCAACAACAAGGCCAACAGCCACAUAGUCCGACGGGCGACGUGCGCGAAAACGGCGGUGAUGGUGGCGGCGGUGUUGGGCGGCAGCAGGGUUCGCCAUCGACCAGUCCGUAUCCGCCACAGCAACGUGUCAAUGGCGGUGGCGCACCCGAUGAUGAUGUCACCAUGAGCCAGGUCGCCAACCUGCAGGCCAACCAGCAGCAGAAUUCGGCGCAGCCAAAUCCAAACCAAAGCAACAAUGACCCGCAACAACACCAGUCCUCGGGCGGCGAUGCCGGCACGGGGAACCCACAGCAACAACACGUACAGAACGGCGGACCCACACAGCCGGGCCAGGCCAACGAUAACUUCCAAGCGCCUCAGGGUGGUGAGCUCGGCGGCUACUAUGCGCCACGCCAUCCCGCGCCACAGGGUGCCAUGUUGCCGCCACCCGGUUUCCCAGCACUGCACUAUCUCAACAAACCUGUGCUACCCGGCAUGACAGGCGCCAUGGAGCAGAAUGGUGGGCUCGAGGCGUAUGCCAUGCCCGAACUGCUGCCAGGCGCUGGCGGUGGCGGCGGUCCACAGGGUAACAACGGUCAGCAGAAUGGUGGCGCUGGCGGCAAUGCACAUAACAAUGGUGCCAAUAGUGGCGCCGAAGGCACUGGCCCCACCACUGGCGGCACAGGCAACGGAAAUGGCACCGGCACUGGCACCGGUGGUGGUACUGGUACAGGUACUGGCACAGGCAGUGGUCGCGGUCGUCAUCCCAACCCCAAUAAACCGCCAAAACCACAUAGCGACUUGCGACUGUUCAAGUGUUUGACCUGCGGCAAAGAUUUCAAGCAGAAGAGUACGCUGCUGCAGCACGAUCGCAUUCACACCGAUGCUCGUCCGUAUCCAUGCUCGGAGUGUGGCAAACGUUUCCGCCAGCAAUCGCAUCUGACGCAACAUUUACGCAUACACGCCAACGAGAAACCAUUCACCUGCGGCUAUUGUUCGCGCAGCUUCCGUCAGCGGGCGAUACUCAACCAGCACAUACGCAUCCAUUCGGGUGAGAAGCCCUACGCAUGCCCAGAGUGCGGCAAGCACUUUCGCCAGAAGGCCAUCCUCAAUCAACAUGUGCGCACCCACCAAGAUGUCUCACCGAAUCUUAUAUUCAAGAAUGGCCCACAUCCAACUCUCUGGCCACAGGAUGUUCCAUAUCCGGGUGAUGAGACUGACACGAAGAAUGACAUAGCCAGCGGUAGCGGUUACCAUGACGAGGAUUCACAGGGUACGCCAGACGGCAGCGGCGGUAUACAUUAUCCGUCAUACUUUAAGGACAACAAAGGUAAUAAGAACUGGCAAAAGAUAUUGCCUGAUGUGCUGCAGCAUAUCGGGGUACGACCAGCCAAUAUGCCACUCUACGUACGUUGUCCCAUCUGUGACAAGGAAUUCAAGCAGAAGACAACACUGCUCCAACACGGCUGCAUACACAUCGAAUCGCGUCCGUAUCCAUGCCCUGAAUGCGGCAAACGCUUCCGUCAGCAGUCGCACCUAACGCAACAUUUACGAAUACAUACGAACGAGAAACCGUUCGGUUGUUUGUAUUGUCCGCGUUUCUUCCGACAACGUACCAUACUGAAUCAGCAUAUUCGUAUUCACACCGGCGAGAAGCCAUACAAAUGCGCGCAAUGCGGCAAAGAUUUCCGACAGAAGGCCAUACUGGAUCAGCAUACACGCACGCACCAGGUAGGCGAUCGACCGUUCUGUUGUCCGAUGCCGAACUGCCGACGGCGCUUCGCCACCGAAAACGAAGUGACCAAACACAUCGACAACCACAUGAAUCCGAAUACAACAAAAGCGCGUCGCCAAACUAACGCGAAUAAUCCGAAUGGCGCCAACGUCAACAAUCCGAAUGCCAACAGUCAUGUCGCCAGUGCAGCGGCAUCUGCUGCCGCAGCCGCAGCCGCCGCCAAUCAUUUGAUGAACGAAACCAAGAAUGCGGCACAACAAUUCCUCAACAAUAACAAUCCGGCUGCGGGCGGUGGCGAUAACAAAGCGAAUAUAUUGCCACGCGCCAUGGCGGCCGCGCAAAAUGCGGCCAUACAACAGUCUGUGGUCAAGAAUGAGCUGUACUUCCCGCAGUGUUAUGGACCGCCAUUCCAGCAGGCGUUUCAAACGCAGGGACAGCCCACAGCGGCGCAUAGUGGCGGAGCGGCUACACAGCCGCCAGUAAAUGUGACGGUGCCGAACUCGGUGGCGCCAGGGGUGGUGGUGCAACAAAAUACGCCCACAUCGGUGGUGGCUCAGUGACAUCCCACCACAACGACGGCAGCCGCAGCCGCCGCAGCAGCUGUGGCGGCAGCAGCAGCAGCUAACAAUGUGGCAGCGCAGAGUGGCGGAGUAGUGGUGCCCA